UUAUAAGGCCUGUACCACGAAGGGGCAGGGGACAUUGAGCUCCGAGAGUCCCAGCUCUCUCCUGCUACUCUCAGCCUGAUUUAGCUGUUGACAGCUGCUGCUCAGCAGCCCAGCUAGCUGCCUGCCUGUGGCCUAGCCAGCCCCCAAGCCCCAGACCCUUCGUUCCUGUGACUCCUAUAGCUAUCCCCAAAAUGGCUGAGAAAGAAGAAGCUGCUGCUGCUGCUGCUGCUGCUGCUCCUCAAAAUGGAGAGGGGGACUCUGACAACCUGGAUGACCCGGAGAAACUGAAGGAGCUGAUUGAGUUACCGCCCUUUGAGAUCGUCACAGGGGAACGGCUUCCUGUCAAUUAUUUUAAGUUUCAGUUCAGGAAUGUGGAAUACAGCUCUGGACGGAACAAGACCUUCCUGUGCUAUGUGGUGGAAGUCCAGGGCAAGGACGGCCAAGGCCAGAUGUCCCGGGGCUACCUGGAGGAUGAGCAUGCAGGAGCCCAUGCAGAAGAGGCCUUUUUCAAAACCAUCCUGCCCACCUUUGACCCUGCCCUUCGCUACAAUGUCACUUGGUACGUCUCCUCCAGCCCUUGUGCAGCCUGUGCAGACCGUAUCUCAAGCACCCUGAGCAAAAACAAAAACCUUAGGAUGCUCCUUUUGGUGGGUCGGCUCUUCAUGUGGGAAGAGCCUGAGAUCAAGGCUGCCUUGAAGAAGUUGAAGGAAGCAGGAUGCAAGCUACGGAUCAUGAAGCCCCAGGACUUCGAGUAUGUGUGGCAGAAUUUCGUGGAGCAAGAAGAGGGAGAGUCGAAGGCCUUUGUGCCCUGGGAGGACAUUCAGGAGAACUUCCUUUACUAUGAGGAGAAGCUGGCUGAGGUCCUGCACUGAUCUGCCUUUACAUGGCUAGCCUGUCACCUCUAAGAGACAUCAGUGACAUACACAGCCAUCUGGGACAUGCCUGUGGCUUCCUAAUACCACUUGGAGCCAGAAUAUCUAAGUCAACCUCAUCAGACAGGCCCCAAUGGACUAAAAAUAUACUCCCUGUGCUUUAAUUAAUUUAAGCUGUGCCCCUCUUUGUUAAAGUUGCUCAUGGAGGGUGGGGGUGGGGGAAAGUUAAAAUAAGCCGGGGUGGUGGGGACAACAGUGAAAACUUAAGUGUUUAGGCGACAGGUUAUAGUCACCUCCCAACAGGCUGCAUCAUAAUUCAAAUAUCCUCAGAUCCAAAGUGCAAGUCAUAAAAAUAUGUCCAGCAAUGUGUUUUGUAAUGUUAAGAACCUUUUUUAAAAGAAAAAAACAGGGAUGAUUACCAAAAGAGA